GACUGGGGGCUGUAAGCAAAUUCUUCCUCGGUUCCAUUGCCGAAGACGCAGAGAAAGAUUUCAAUGAAUCAGAAGCGGCCACCUCCAGCAUCGAGGACUUUGCAGAAAUGCGUCUGUUGGGUGAGGGUGCCUUUGGGAAGGUUGUCCUGGUGAAACAUAAAAACGGGGAUUUGUAUGCCAUGAAGACAAUGGAGAAGGCCAAAUUCAAAGCUCAGAAGAUAACCAGCAAAGCCCACAGCGAGCAAUUCAUUCUGAUGCUUGGCUUCAAAAUGCUUCAGAAGGAGGAUGCCCAGAAAUUCCGGAGCGCUUCGGUGCUCGCUAUCUGCGGAGCCAUUGGCCUGCUGCUGCUCGAUCGGCUGCUACCUCCAACGAGGUUGCCGUGUGAGCACGGCGGGUCUGGCGCUGCUGUGGCGUUCUACGACCAGGGCAAGGACAUCACGACGAAGGAGCACUACAAGCUGCGGAACCAGGCGACGCACUUCCUGGUGGCUGCUGGUGGUGGCUUCAUCCUGAACAUCACCUACCACCUCCUCUUGGUUUUCGUCUACGGCAUCUUCCUGAACGACCUCUACGCCUUCGACCUCAAGCUGCACUUCGUGGACAUCCAGCCGUACUACGUGGGCAUCCUGGACUUCGUGGACUACAAGAUGCAGCAGCCUCCGACCUCGAGCGGAAGCAUACCGCUCCAGGAAUAUCGAAGGGAUAUUCCACCGGGGUGGAUGCCCGGAAACCCGAGCUACCCGUUGAAGGAGUACUUCGAGAAGCUCAGGUUGUGGUACCGAGUAUGUGGCUUGGAGGACGAGCUGAUCGGCCCCAUGAUCGCUGGCCGCUUGUAUGGCCAUGCCUCCAAAGUGGCGAUGGCUCUGAGGGUGAGAAGGCCUGAUGGCACCUACGACGUGGGCGAUGCGGCGCUGGUCAGAUUGGCUGUGGACGAGGUGAUCGAUCCGAACACUGGCCAGGUGAUCCAAGCCCACAUUCCCAGCGGAGUUCAACACUUGGUUCAAGCUCUUCGCAAUGCCUUUGGCCAACAAGACCAUGACAUGGCCACUCAGGCGCUGGAGAGGUUUUUCUCUCUCACGAGAGGAAAGAUGAGCCUUGCCGAGUAUGCGGUGGAAUUUGAUUCGAGGAUGGAUGAGGCUCACGACAGAGCCGGCCUUGUCAUGAACGAUGUGGCGAAGUUCUACCUGUUCUUCAAGGGUUCAGGUUUGAGCAACAAGGCCAUCGACGACAUCAAGCUCCAGGUCCAAGGAGAUCACAGUCGCUUUGCAGAUGCUCGAGCUUUAGCUUUGAGGUUGUCUCCAUCUCGACCUGAAGAACAUGGCGGCGACGUCUUCUACGCGGACCAGGACGACUAUGACGAGACGGUCAACUAUGACGCCUGGUAUGACUCCUCCGAGAACUAUUGGUACGACGACUACUCCCAGGACUAUGGCUAUGACGAUGAAGGCAGUUGGCACUGGGAUGGAGAAGAGCUCUACUAUGGCGACAUGGAUGACUGGUAUGAUGAAGAUCAAGAAUGGCAAGAAGACGGCUACCAAACCGCCCAUGAAGACUCCCUGGAGACGAACCCUGAGAACGCCGACGAGGUCAAGGAAGAGUACUACAAGGGGAAGAGCAAAGGCAAGGGCAACAACGAUGGUUGCUUUCGAUGUGGAAGCAAAUGGCACAUGGCCAGCGACUGUCCGAUGAACGACAAGGGCUAUGGCAAGUCUGGUGGAAAAGGAUCAAUGAAAGGCAAGCAAGACAACUCCGAGGAGUUCAACAUCCACACACCGCCUGAUGCAGAGGACUUCAUGAGCAUCCCGAGAUCUUCAACCAGGACAAGAUCUACUUCGGAUGGUCAUGGACAAGAACAUGGAGCUGUCAUGCCGGAGAAGCGCAUCCACGAGGCCUUCAGCUUUGCCUUCAACAACUACUACCAGGCCACGGACUACUUCAUGGUCAGAGGACAGAAACGUCGAGGCCUGAUCAUUGAUCCAGGAGCUGCCAGUGGACUCAUCGGAUCAGAAACCCUUCGAGAUCUGGUGGCAACAUGUGUCAAACCCUUCGGCAAGGAGAUUUCCAUUGAGAAGGAUGUGACUUCACCGGUGUCAGGCAUUGAUGGAAAGUCUGACCAGACUCUUGGACGAGUCACCGUGCCUUUGUUGUCCUCUGGAAAGGCCAUCAAGUUCUGCGGUGAAGUGAUUGGAGGACAAGGUUCUCUUUGCCCAGCUCUAGUUGGAAAUCCUUCCCUGAGAAAGAUGAACUGCGUCAUCUUCAGCAACUACUUUUCCAACGGUGAUGGACUCCUCGCCAUGAACCACAAGGAGGAGCCACAGUCAUCGAGAUUGCUGAGAUUGCUGUUGACUGACAGCGGACACUACAUCCUUGCCACCGACGGCAUUGACGAGACCAAGAUUACCAAGGACGUGCAAAAGGAGACCUACACGUUCUCCAGCAAAGUGCUCUCUAGCAGCAUCGAGAAAUGGCCAAAGUCCGAGAUCAAUCCCCGGUUGCUUCAUGUCUUCGCUGUGACGCAGGCAGGAGGGAACCGGUGUGACUGUGAACAACAACAAUAUGAAUCACGUGGACAUCGUGAACAACAAGAAUCCUCCUCUACUGACGACAAGGACAAUGGCGACAAAGCUGCCAACAUCAUGGACAAGCCCGACAAGACUGACACUGAUGCGACAGUCACCCAUGAAUCUGAUGGCAAGCUCAACUUGGACAAGAACAACCACGAUGCUGCCGAAGCUGUUUCACAACCAGGCAUUUUGCCUUCCAUGGAAUCCACAAAGGAGCCCAUUGAACACAACGUUUUUUCCAGUGAGCCCAAGCUCUGCGGGCCUACAUCUUUUCCUGCGACAACUGAGGAGUUGCCGAAGAUUGUCAAGAAGGUGCACUUCGACGAUGCGCAUCAGCCUGCCUCUUUGGAAGCAGCAUCCAACAACGUUGAAGAGCCCUCCAACAAGGAUGAGAAAGACUCCCUGGACAUCCACUACAAGGAGUCUGACUUUCCCAUCUACACUGAGGACAUGCUUCCUGAUGGAGCAGACCAUGUCAAGCUGAAGAAGCGCUACAAGGCGAUCAAAGAAGAGUUCUACACUCAGAGUGGUCACCGACCAGUGACACCCUCCAACUUUCGCAGUUGGAUGAACAAGUCCAAGGGCAGAAACAAGAGAUGGCACUUCUGGGAAAUCUUUAGUGGCUCAGGCAGACUCUCCCUGACGCUUUUGCUUUCAGGUCUUGCAGUUGGACCUCCAAUCGACAUGAGGUAUGGCUGGGACGUCAACAACACUUCUCAUCAAGCCAUGCUUCUGGAAGCCCAACGAGAGUUCAAGCCUGGCACUAUCCACUAUGCACCUGACUGUGCACCCUGGAGUGUGUCAUCAAGUUCCAAGGAUCCAGCACUACGACAUCAAGAUCGUCUUCAUGAUCUUCCAGCCUUGAAGUUUGUCCAGAACAGCUGUGAAGAACAAUCCCGAGAAGGACGCGGCUACACUGUGGAGCAGCCCUAUGGCAGUGCCAUGAUGGAUGAAGGCUUACGCCUUGACCGCAUCCCUGACUGCAAGAAGAAACAACGAGUUGACCAAUGCAUGCAUGGAGCAGUCAGCGAACUUGGUGAUCCUGUUCAGAAGGCAACAGCCCUGAUUGGCAACAUCAAGUACAACAAGACAGCUUUGAGGUGCAGUGGUCAUCAAGGUCAACCACAUGCUCAUCUACAAGGGCAGACUGGUGGUCACAAUCGCACCACUCUUGCUGCAGUGUACCCAAAACAGAUGUGCCAACGAAUGCGGCAGGACAUCAUCAAGUACCUCCACAACCGCGACCUCAUGCGGGUGAAGACCGAAAACUUCUGUGAGUGCAUUCGCUGUACCUUGGGACGCUUUUGCCCAAAAGGAAUUGACCACACUAUGAUUCCUGGACAAUGUCGACAUGGACGCUAUGCAGCUGGGACCAAUCCAAAGUUGAAGUCAACGUCAUCUGCGGCUGACCCCAUCACUGACUGGAAGAAGGCGGCAGACCGCGAAGCUUUGGAUGUUGUCCAACUCGACAACGAGCUUGACAAGGAGUUCAACGUCAAGGAGUCCCACUACCUGAAGAAGCUGCUCAUUGAGUCAGUGAACAACGCUCUUGGCCUGUUCACAGAAGCCUCCAACCGUAAGAUCGACUACACCCACUGGAUCGAUAACCCUGUGGCGAUUGCUUUGUUCAAGGAACUUUUCAAAGAAGUCAUGCAGGUGAAAGCCAUCAAGGUUUUGCUGCGACCUUUCAGAAAAUCCUCAGCUGAACCACACCUUUCUAUGGCUUCUGGCUACCUGCGGCUGUUCAUCAUUGGCGAUGUGAAGCACUGGAAAGUUCUGAAGAUUGAAGACAUGAGAGAGCUCAGCUUCAGCCAGAUCAACGAGGCGAUAGAUGAGGAUGACUGGGUUCUGGUCUUGUAUGGUGUCGAACUUGAUUCAGUACCAGCACCAUCGACACCCGCUGCACGAUCCAGAUCUAUCCCAGCUCAGCCUGCACUACCACCUCGACGAGAUGAUGCAGCACUUGUUCCAGUGGAACCACAACCACAAAUCCAAGAACGACCUGAUGAUGAACGAGAAGAAGAAGCUUUGGCAAUUCCAGCAUAUGAAGAGUUCGAGGCACAUGGACGAGCUGCACUAGCUCCAGUCAAGCCCAACUACAACUUGCGGCGAGUUCUUGAACGACUCCCCAAGUUGGUGGAUUCUGGUGACGUGACCACAGCCAAGAGACUGUUGGUCGGCCUUCAUGAACGACUAUGGCACACACCGGCAGGAGACUUUUGCAACCUCCUUCGACGAGCUGGACUUCCUCAACCAGUGAUCACCCUUGCAGCUGAAGCAGUUCAAAGCUGCGUGGUGUGCCGGAAGUUUGUCAGAUUGCCAAAUCGUCCCCAAGUACGAGCUGGAGGUGCAACCAUCUUCAACGAGACGGUUCAGUUCGACUUGUUCCACCUGGACGACGUCACAUACAUGAUCCUGCUGGAUGAAGCUACUCGCUUCAAGACCUGUUCAGUUCCUGAAGGACAAGAUGCACAACAGUUGCUGGCCUCUAUGCUUCAGAACUGGAUUCAGUUCUUUGGUCCACCUGCCCGACUUGUACUAGACCAACAAGCCUCUCUGAUGUCACAUGAAGCUGGAGGUGAAUUCGAACGGAUGAACAUCGUUCGAUGUCCCAGAGGAACGACUCAAGGACAAGGUGCCGAACAACACACUGGAACUGGCUUGGUUGAACGACAUGUUCAACUCACCAAGCUCACCAUCAUGAAGUUGAAGGCCGAGCUUCAACGCCAAGGUCUGAACCCAGAACCAGCUGAACUUGGAAUGGAAAGCGCUAUGGCGCACAACCAGACGAUCAACUAUGGAGGUGCCACACCAAGCAUGAGCGUCUUUGGCAUCCUUCCACGUGGGUUCUACGACCCUGAAACUCCAGGUCUUCUUUCCACUUUUGGCUCCAUGCAGAAGGACGUGACGGUGUUCGAACGCGCUAUGCGCAUCAGGCAGACCGCCUUGGCCCAGACACAUCAAGCGAUCAUUGAAGAUCGUGUCGCAAGAGCCAACCGACAUCGUCCUCACCAGCUGGAGACAGACAAGCUCACCGCUGGAGUGUCUGAAGUGGAGUACUACAGAGAAGUUGCAGGAGAUCCUGGAUGGCGUGGCCCAGCACUUUUACUACGACUUGAUCAAGAUGAAGGUGUUGCUGUGAUCCAGUACCAGGGCAAGCCCUACUUGGUUUCUUUGAGACACAUCAGGCCCUACGUUGGCAUGUUCCACUUUGAGAUGGUCAAUGAACCUGUGGAGAACGAGCUCAACAACCUGAUGAAGUACGUGGAACACCUCUGCGAGUACAAGGCCUAUAUCAUUGGAUGGAUCCAGAAGAAGAACGGCACUUGGGCCAAGACUCCAAAGGAGACACCAGCUAUCACCAAGGCGAUGGAAUGGGCAGACAAGAUCUCCAAAGCCAUGACCAAGAAGGCAUUGCAUGGCAUCAUCAUGGGACGAGCUCUGAAAACCUUCAAACCUCCCAACAACACGACUGGCAAGUUGGUGACAUGGAUUCAAGGUGGCAAGAACUACUCCGUACAGGAGCACUUGAACGCGAACCACCUGAGAAUGAAGAAAAUCUCCAACUACACCAGGGAGGACCUCUGUAUCAUCUACUUCUACUACUACAACCUGGACAUCAAGGAGGAGAUCACCUACGACCCAAAGUCCAAGGAGAAGCCUGCGAAUGACCAAAAGCCGAAUGGCGAUGGUUCAGAGGAGAUGGACACAGAGAACGUUCCAAAGAAACGAGAUGAGCCAGAAGAUCCAGGACAAGAAUCUGAGAAGAAGAAGCAGAAGGUCGCGAUGGUGAAGAAGGACAUCAAGAAGGUGGCGAUGCUGCAGAAGGACAUCGAGUUCCUACGGAGCUUCUACACCAUCAACGCCAACACCGAGAUCAUCCUGGACUUCCCACUGGAAUGGAAGAUUGGCUACAGCAUCAUGCUGCCCACGGUCAAGAACUUCCUGACCCAAGAGUACCAACAUCGUCAACGACAAUGUGGACAUCUCUUCACCUUGGCCUACAAGACAUCUGGCGAUGCAACAGCAUGCCUGAGAACCGCUCAGAUCUUCAAGGUUGACGAGGAGACCAACAACAUCAAUGAAGGUGGCAUCACACCCGAUCUAUGGCAUUUGGUGGAUUCAGCCGAUCGAGCUGAAGUCAAGCAGUUUGCGGAGGAGAAAGCAUUCAAGAAGAUGCACAAGAGCAAGUUCACGGCCGAGAUGGUCAUCAUAGAUGCCAGAUGGGUUCGGAAGUGGAAAAGAUACCCAAAUGGCGAGUUGAAGGUGAAAUCAAGACUUUGUGCAAGAGGAUGCUUCGACUCCCAGAAAGACCUCUUGACGACGAGAUCUACCACUGCCACAAGAUUGAGCCAACGACUUCUUUUGAGUCAUGCUGCACGAAAGCGCAGCCGAAGACUCGAGUCCAUCGACAUUGCUGGCGCCUUCCUGAAAGGUUUUUCUUUCUCCGACAUUCAACGAGCUCUACGUGAAGCUGGAGUUGAUGCACCAAGCCGAGUGGUGGUACUUCUACCUCCCUUGAACGUCUUUCGUCACCUGAGUGACCUGAGCCCUGACUUCAAGGGUAUGACAGACCUCCAAGCUAUGGAGUACGGCUUACUCUGCGUCAAGCCGGUCUAUGGGUUGAAUGACGCCCCAUCGGCAUGGCAAUUGUGCCUGCACCAGUUUGUCAAGCAACAUGGCGGACACCCAUCACAUCUGGACGACUGCACUUUCUCUUGGAAAGGCCAACGACCAGAAGAACCAGAAGCUGAAUCAAUUGCCACGACACAUGUGGAUGACAUCGCUCUUUCUGGCGAACAACCAUGGCUGGACCAUAUGCACCAGCUGUUCCUCAAGCGUUUUGGCAAGGUGACCAGACAGACCUUACCAUUUGUUCACUGUGGCUGCAAGUAUGAGAAAACGCCCACAGGCUACAAGGUCAGCCAACAAGAGUUUGCCAGCAAACUCAGACCUGUUCCAGUACCAGAACGAGAAGACACUUCAAAGCUGACCAAGGAAGAAGUAUCAACCUUUCGCUCAAUCCUUGGAGCACUUUUGUGGUUGACUGCCACACGCCUUGACAUCAUUGCAGAUGUAUCAGUUCUUCAAGCGAAGGUGACAGUGGCUGAGAUUCAACACCUCAAGCAAGCCAAUGACAUCCUGAUCAAAGUGGCGGAGUACAUCGAGGUUGGACUCCACUACAGGAUGAUGGAAGCCAAGCACAUCAGACUGGUGUGUAUUCACGAUGCUUCCUCUGCUGCUCAAGGACGAAGCUAUGCUCAAGAAGGUUUGCUGAUUGGUAUCAUGGAAGACAAGUUCCACGAGGUCACUCUGGAAGCUGAAACUGAAUUUCAAGAUGGAGAAGGCGAACAUGGAGUGGAGAACCAUGGUGGAAUCUUCCACAUUCUUCAUGCUAGCGGUUCCAAGGCGAAAAGAAUUUCCUACAGCACUUCACAUGCUGAAACCUUGUCUAUGGUUGGUGGAAUGGAAGCCUCAACUAUGAUCAUGGUUAGACUGGCCGAACUACACCAUCCUGCGAAAGCUCCCACGAUCAAGCAACUUGUGCAGAUUCAAGAAGCUGGCGAUCCCAAGAUCCCAAUGGACUUUUAUGGAGACUGCCGAGAUCUAUUUGAACUCAUCACUGGACGACGAACGCUGCCUCAAGACAAAUCGCAGCGCUUGUAUGUUUUGAGUUUGAAAGAAUCAAGAGUUUCUGGAGAACUGCGGAUGGCAACUUUGGUGCCUACAGAAGCGAUGACGGCUGAUUCAUUGACCAAGCCGAUGGUUCAUGAUUGCAUGCUACUUUUGUUGACAACUGGAAUCGUCAGGUUUUUCAACGUGCCUGAUCACAAGGUGGUGACAAGAAUUCUCCCAGCACUGGAAGAAUACACAGAGCACGACCUUCACAAGUCCGAUGAGGAGCUGAUGGACGACGUUGCCAAGGGCAUCAAGCAGCCGAAGAUCAGUCAUGGAGCUGUUUUGCUGAGUUUGUUUUCACGAAGCAUUUUACCAAUGCUGGUGGCAACGUGUGCGAGUGGUGCAACGGCUCAAGAGUUUGACGAGACCUAUGUCCCUGACUCCAAUGCAGUUGCGAAGAACAACAGCAUCCCGAACUAUGCCAACUACUUCGGGAUCUACAUCUCUAUCUUCCUCACCGUGAUCCUCGCCGUGAACAUGGACAAGAUUCUGAAGUACGUGACCUACAAGGUGACGAAGAAAUUCCACAGGCCUUUGCAGGCCGUGAAGGAGGAAGACACGACAGAAGCGAUGGAUGUGGACGAAGAAGGCGAUCCCGACAUGAUGGCGAAUCGCAUUGCUGCACUCAAGCGGAAGGUCAUGGAUGUGAACGCAGCAAAUCGUGCUGCCAAGAAGAAGAUCCAAGAUCAACAAGGAGAACUGGAUGAACUCAGAGAUGGCCUACGCGAAGCCAAGACGGAGAUCACAUCAUGGAUAGACUGCGCCGACAACUACAGCGCCAAGACCAACAUGUGCCUGGCGGAUUCGGCGAGCUACAAGAGAGAUCUCCAAGAACUCAGAACCGAGCACGAGGAGCUGAAAGACAGGUACGACCAGGCUCAGAACGACAUCAACACCUUGGAAGAGCAGGUGAGACGUCAACGUGAAAGAGGAGAUCAGCUUUGUGACAAGGUGGAUGAUAUACAAGGUGCGCUGCAGCACUCCAAGAAUGCCAACGCGAUGGCUGCACGAGCCAAUGCCAGCAAGGACGCGAAGAUUGCCGAGCUGACAGCUGCGCUGCAAAAUGCGAAGCAACAGGCUCAAGCAGUCAGACCAAGCCGUGCUGCCGACCAGAACGAGGUGGCCGAGCUCACGCAGAAGGUCAACGACCUGACCAAGAAGAAUGAGGACUUGGACAGGGAGAAGAACGUCCUGAAGGCGACCUGCGAGCAGCGCGCCCGUGAGAUCCUCGGCCUAAGAGAGGCCAAUAGGGAGGCAAAAGCCCCUCCGACUGUGCAUAUCACGCGAGGUGGGUCAUGCUACCAUAGCGACGGGUGCAACCACCUAAGCCAUGCAGGCCAGCCAAGAGCAGUCAUUGAGUUGCGCAAAUGCCGUGACUGCUGGCCAUAA